CUCAGACUAUCUAACGCCUUGAGAAUCUCAGUUGCCCCGAUAUCUAUCAAAAUUUGAAGAAAAGGAUAAUAUUACGAAGCCGAAAAGCAAAAGAAACCGUAGUAUUAUAUAUAUCCUUUUGUUCGCCAGAGUAUCCAGAAAUCGACGAUUCCGCAAACUUUCAAUUCCACAAUGUCCCGCCCAGAAGACACUCUGCCCCCAGAUCUCUUUUACAAUGACUCCGAAUCCCGCAAAUACACCACCUCCUCCCGAAUCCGCAACAUUCAAUCAGACAUGACCAACCGCGCCCUCGAACUCCUCGACCUCAAAUCUCCCUCUCUCAUCCUCGAUAUUGGCUGCGGCUCCGGUUUAUCAGGCGAAAUCCUCUCUGCCGUCUCACCUUCUGACGGUGGACCCCACACCUGGGUUGGCCUGGACAUCUCCCCCUCCAUGCUAGACAUUGCUCUUCAGAGAGAUGUAGAGGGCGACCUCUUUCUGGCAGACAUCGGCCAAGGAAUCCCGUUUCGCGCGGGUACAUUUGACGCGGCCAUUAGUAUCAGUGCCAUUCAGUGGUUGUGUAAUGCCGACUCUAGUGAUGUUAGUCCGGAGGGUCGAUUGCGCAGAUUCUUUGAUGGAUUAUACGCCAGUUUGCGUCGGGGCGCACGUGCGGUUUGCCAGUUUUACCCCAAAAAUGAUGCCCAGAGAAGUAUGAUUAGCGGCGCGGCUAUGAAGGCUGGAUUUGGUGCUGGUAUUCUUGAAGAUGACCCGGGGACGAAAAAUAGCAAGCUCUAUCUUGUGCUGACUGUUGGUGGGGGUGGUCUACAAGGCGACAUAACCGGUGUUGUGGAUGGUAUGGAUGAUGUUGAUAUUCUAGAUGCGAGGAAGAAGGCCAUGGCUGAGUCUCACGGGAAGAGAGGCGUGAACCCGGCUCAUGUCAAGGGGACCAAGGCUUGGAUCAUGCGGAAGAAGGAGCAGAUGGAACGCAAGGGCAAAAUCGUCAAGCCGAGCUCGAAGUAUACUGGUCGCAAGAGACGUAUUGCAUUUUGACCUCUUACUCUUGAUUUGUUCUAUUUACCACUGCUCGGUUUACACAUCCCCGUACUGCUAUUUCCGGGGGCUAUGGAGGUCGAUCUGCUCGCGUGGCUAUUCAACCCCCUCCUAUCAGGUACUUUGGCCGAUCACCCAGAAACUGACGACGCCAUGUGGAAAA